AGGUUCUACGAAUAACAGAUGGCAAACGCUCGUGCUGUGGAUAUGAACUAUACAACUAUAAAACACAAAAGUGCUGUAAUGGCAUUGUGGUGCCAGGCGGGACCAACUUUAUAUGUUGCGGGAACAGGGCAUGGGACGGCAGGAUGUAUGGAUGUUGCGGCAAUGAACCGUUUUAUAAACCAAGCUGGAGUUGCUGUAAUGGCAAGAAAGUUAAAGGUGGAGGCGAUGAUACGAGGUUGGCAAGACAGAAUUUAACAAAUAAUUUUAGAUCUAAAAUUAAACGUUCAUUGAUAAAUAGUUUAAUUACUGAUAAAACGUAUACUUCAUUUGAGAUUUCGAUCAUACGUGAAC